ACGACAACUUACGUACAUCGGGGUUUUAUGGCAAAGAUGUGUACAAGAGUUGUAUCUUAACGACAUGAAGCCCGUACGUGGUUCUAACCGGGCCGCAUCAAAAGCACCUAACUUGAAAAACAAGAAAAAAGCAGAUAAGACAACGAAACAAGCGACCAAGCAUUCGGACCCGGGGCCCAGUGACAAUAAGCAAGGCAAGAGCACCCAACCAAAACCAGCAGCACAGAAGAGAAGAGGCUCAUCCUCAGUCCCUAACAAAGUCAAAGGACAGGAAAACUGGAAGCUGAUGCCGCGGUCCUCCAUCUCUGCUCUGGAGAACAUAAUGGACUUGUCAAUACUAGCAACACUUGCCUUGAAGCGGACAGAGAAAAAAGAGAGCCAGGAACAUCUGAACGUAAUGAAAAACAGAUUCCUUGCUGAAUGUGCAAAGCUUAAAGUUCCAGUGCAGAAACAAAAAGGUUUAGAGCCUUCAUCUCACCAUCACAAGCAGGAGACCAAGAAUUCAGUGGUUGGAAAGACAACUCUGAGCACCCUUGAGGAAGACUUGAGGGCUGUGGUCAGCACUCUGGAGAAGACAGAGGAGCAGACUGUCUCUUUGCAGCAAAGAUGCACUAUGCUGAGAGACCAAGUGGAGGUGGAGGAGGAGAAAGCUGAAGAGAUCUUACAGAUAACUGAACGAACAGGUCUCAACCUCCCCUGCCUUCCACCACAAAAAGAUGAAACAACAUUAGAGGCUCGGGUGAGAAAAAUGAUACCAGACAGCGACUCUGAGGCCAUGGCCCGGAAACUAGGAGAAAUCUUGCAGGAAUCGGGGGCCGUCCAGGAUGCCCAGGCGUUGCUUCUGCAGGCCUGCAAACAUGCUGAUCAGCUCUUCAACCCUCGCUUCACCUCGAUCAGCGGGGCACCUUGUCCAGACUGAAAGCUCACCAAAUCUCUCCUUACAGAGGUGUGAAAGAUGCUUUCAAAAGGGGCAUUCACAGGUAUAAGAAGUUUGCAAGUGUACCCACAUUGUCUGAGGCCUAAAGUAUUAAUUGGUCUUUAUAUUGCUCAGUUGGUUUUGUGGUUGAGGAACACCUGCAAUUAUCAAACUCAGCCAAAUUGCAGCCAUUACAUGUAGAAUUAGAACAUUUCCAACAGUCGUACUACUAAAAAAGACACUUGGACACGCACCAAUUUGACCAGUAAUUAUUUAAAAAACUUAAACCAUGAAGUUUCUUUUUGUUUGGGAAAAGCAGUUAAAGGCUGUAAAAUAAAAGGAAAGUCAUUUAGGUAGAUAAAAACGGCCAUUCAUUUCUACUUACUGGCAUUCACACUCUACACUAUGCUGCUCCUUGCCCCUUGUCCAGUUUUCUGGAGGGUGAGAGGUGUGAUUUGCGAGCAGCCAGAAUCAAACCAUGGUCAUUGAGAUCGUGUUGUUUACACCUUCACCAUUCAACUACCGGUAUGCACCUUCUCCAGUUUUCUGCUUUUAGUCUUUUACAGCAUUCAAAUCUAAAUGAAUAUCAUAAUUAAAUGGACUGUGGAUGCAUUUGUGUUGUUGGUAAAAAGUUAUCAGAUGUCCCACUUCAUUUUCAUUGUGUAAGCCGAAACACCAAAGCACAUAAGCUUCUUUCAAGUAAUACUGUGUUUGCAAAUCAAGACUAACUGGUUGUUCAUAAUUGGAAUUCUUCCCGUUGGACCUUGAAGACAUGAGUGCAUGAAACAAGAAUCAACUGUUUACUGUACAAUCAGAUGUUAUUAAAUAGAUGACAUUUAAAGAAGUCAACUUUCGUGUAAUCAUGUUUUAAUGUAGAAAGAAAACAAAUAUAAAGUGCUGCCAUUAAUUACAGUUUCAUCCAUUUGUGUCAACAGUGACAGAAUGGGUGUGCUUUUAUAAACAAUAGACAAUCAUAAAACUAUCUCGUG